AUGUCUGUUGAGGAUGAGUUUCAAUCGUUGAUAUCCAGUGCUCGCAUUGUGUUCGAACAAGGUGAUCCUCAUGAGUCGUUGAAAAUCUGCCAGAAAGCACUGGAUUUAAAAGAAUGUCCAAAGCUGCGAAAGAAAAUAGAAAGGAUCAGAGCUUACAUUGCUUCUCAGGAGAAAGAAAAUAUGGGUAAUCAGUGCGAAAAUUCCACAGAAGAUCCGGUCAAGGAAGUAGCAGACCAUUUGUUUUCUAAAGCCCAAAGGAAGAUUGAGUCUGGAGAUCUAGAAGCAGCGCUCAAACUUCUCAAAGAAUCUUAUGAAUGCUAUCCGUCUCAGACAACUGCCAAAAGAAUCGCCAAGGUUGAAAAAUCCCUGAAUACGAUCGGGAAUGAAGCAGAGGACGUACCACGUAGGAGUAGCGUAUCCGAAGUUUCAGAGGAAUUAGAUCCGGAGCAAAUGGUUGAGGAAGCGCGACAGUUGUAUCAUAAUGGUCAACUUAGAGACUGCGUUCAGUUAUUGCAAAGGGUACAGAGCAUUGCCCCAUCGGAAAAAAUUCAGCGCAAAAUUGAUCGAAUCGAGACAUUCUUACGUGAAAAUCGCGCUAAAUCGCCAGUUUCUGACAAUGAAGAUCUAUCCUCCAAUGAUUUAGUCACUGUCGCCGAAGGCUUCUAUUUACCACAUGCCUUGUACAAACAAUUGUACUCUUAUCAACGGGAUGGUGUUCAAUGGCUCUGGAAACUUCAUAACAGUGCACCCGGUGGAGUGCUAGCAGAUGAUAUGGGUUUGGGAAAAACUGUACAGGUUAUUUCUUUUUUGUGCGGUUUGUUUCUAUCUAGCCGAAAAUCGUUCACGGCGUUGGUAGCCAUGCCUGUCAGUGUCCUGGUCACUUGGGAGUCAGAACUAAAGCGCUGGGCACCAGCACUUCGUGUUUGCGUGUUCCACGAUGCUAAUCGACAAACCCGACUGCGACACCUGGCUUCAAUUCAACGGCAAGGUGGAAUUCUUCUCACGACCUACGGGAUGGUAACAUCAAACAUCGUUGAUCUAACCACCGAUUUGAAUGCGGACCCACACUUUUUAAGUUCCGCCGGUCGAACCGCCCCGGACGAACGUCAUGGACCGGAAUUUCAAUGGAACUAUUUAGUUCUAGAUGAGGCGCACAAAAUCAAAAACCCGGCAGCCAAAACCACCAAAGCAAUCCUGACCAUAUCGGCAAAGCAUCGCAUACUGCUUACCGGAACAGCGGUACAGAAUAAUCUGGCUGAACUCUGGUCCCUGUACAAUUGCACGCAUUCUGGUCGCCUACUUGGUCGUAUGCAGACAUUUAAAACCGAAUACGAAAAGCCGAUCACGAGGGCUCGUGAAAAAGACGCUAGUCGUGCGGAACGUGCACACGGACAGUUGAUGGCUCAAAGUUUACGCAAACUAAUUGAUCCUUACUUUUUGCGUCGAACGAAAGCGGAAGUUCUUCCCUCGACUGAUAAUACCACACCCGACCAGCUGGAAGUUUCCCUAUCCAAAUUGAGGGAUUUGCAACUGAACGAGGCAAUGCCUAAGAAAACUGAGUUAGUAAUUUGGUUGUAUUUGCGUGAAAUCCAGGAGCGUAGUUAUCGGGAUUUUCUUCAACUGGAUCAAGUCAAAGAACUACUGCUACGAAGCAAUCGUCGGUCCCCACUGAUGGAACUGAUCAUCCUGAAGAAACUUUGCGAUCAUCCACGAUUACUGUCACGUGAUCAAUGUUUGAGUCUCAAUUUAGAAGUAAACCAAGCACCCGAGGGACAGUUUUCUAAACACUACUUGCCCUCAGCCUCACAAUUGAUGAACGAAUCCGGCAAGUUGUACUUUUUAGGUGCCCUAAUGAAUUCGUUCCUAUGCGAUGCCGAGCAAGAAACCCCGUACCCUCCUCGAACAUUGAUUUUUUCACAAAGUCUACGUCUUUUGGAUAUGGCAGAGAAAGUGAUUCUGUCCUUAAAUAAGCGACCGGAAAAUGUGGCCAAAUCCCGUUUUCAUCGAGUGCUUCGGCUUGAUGGACGUCUAAGCAAAGUUGAAGAACGACUGGAAGUGAUUCGCAUGUUCGAACGUGACAAGUCGUACACGGUUGGUGGAGUCGGACUGACAUUGACCGCAGCCAAUCGUGUAGUGAUUUUGGAUCCCAGUUGGAAUCCGGCCACGGACGCGCAGGCGGUGGAUCGAGCCUAUCGAAUUGGACAGAAGUCUAACGUGCUUGUCUAUCGCCUAAUCACUUGUGCUACUGUGGAGGAAAAGAUCUACCGGCGCCAAAUAUUCAAAGAUUCUGUGAUUCGUCAGACCACCAGUUCUGGUCGUAAUAAAUCCGAUCACGAUCCCUAUCGUUAUUUCACACAUCAAGAUCUUCGUGAACUAUUCACGUUGGCUGAUCCACGCGUCUCAGCCACACAAGAACAGUUGAGCCAAUUGCACGAGGCCAGAGAGAAAUGGGAUGACCAGUGGCUUUCGCCACAUUUGGCUUAUCUGACCGGAGAUGAAAUGCGCGAUUCUGUGUUCGGUCUGUCUUUUCACGACUUGAUGUUUAGCCGCCAAGAAGUGCACGAACCUGUACAUCCGGCCACUGAAGACGAGGCAAGGCGCGAACAAGAGUUCUUGCGAAACCGUAUGGCCGCAGCUGAGUUUGCAAUAGCACGUGAGUGUGGGGGCUUAACAGCUCCACAUCCCGUUCUCUCUUUGCCCCCUGAUAUGAACAACAACUCUGGUGCUCCUGCUUAUCGUCCUCCUGAUGGUGUAUUCGUGGUACCCUCCAUGAUUGAUUCUCGACGUCCCAUGCUUAAUCGACCACAUCUAGGCCUUCCCACUGCUCGCUCUCUCACCCAAACAACUCUCCCAUGGAUGACACAACCACCUGUGGAACAUACACAGCCUGAUGGAGUUGCUGAUUUGAUCGAUCAGUUUACGACCAGCCUGCGUGAAAUGAGCAUAUCGCAUGCAGAUAGCCCUCCAGUAACUCCAAACACAUCAGCAGCAGAUCAAACAGAUUCCUGUGUGAUCAUAGAGGAUCCUCAAGACGUAUCACAUAAACUGCCUGAAAACGCUUCCCGCGAAACAACAGACUCAAACUCACGAUACAGUGCACAGCAAAAUAGUCCCGCGCACCCCACCCAGCGGGAUUCAACUACUGCCAACUGCGUUUCUCAACCCUCAUCUUCGUCCGUUCAUUCUACUCAAACACCAUCGGGUAAAUCUGCUUCGGGUCGAUCCUCAAUGGAUGUGAAUUCACCUUGGCCAUCGUCGGCCGCAGCAUUUUUGGGAGCGAUCAAAUCCAACGUGUUCCGCUCGACUCCGGUAUCGUUGAGAACUGCGCCGCAACCCAUGCUCCUUGGAACACCAGUAAUGAACCCGAGGAAGUCUGCAGAAUCUCCUUCUACUCCCAGCAUUCAUAUGUCAGCGGAUACCACCAAGUCCAUGAGAAACUCUUUGUCCCCUACGAAGAAUCACUCUCCUAUUGGAUUAUCUUCCUCGUCAUCCUCUGAGUCCUCACAUGAAUCAUCGUCAAACCCAAUCCGAUUUACCAAGAAUGGUAUGCUGAUAGAUAUCACGGUAGAGAUGGACGAAGAGCGAUUGCAGAACACAAUGGCUAUGAAAUCAUUACACGAAAUUCUCGCCAAAUCCGGUCUACAUACGCCAAAUGAGCAAGUGGACCGAACUGGGUCUCAAUUUGCGCUCGAGACGAUCGAGGUUGAAGAUUCCUGUCUGUCUGCUUCACAAAAUCAUAUUAAUCCCGUGCCACGAAGUACAAUUGAUGAUAGCCUGGACGAAGUGGAAGUCAUCGGGGACAGUUUGGACGAAUAG